CAUCAAUAUAAUUAUUUGUAAAUACCUACUAAAUUGUUAAACCAGCAGUUGUUUUGUUCAUUUGAGAAGCAAUUGCUUUAUUAGUGAAAUAGCAACCCAUUUGUUCUCUCGACUUUUACAAGUUAUCGUUCAAUCCAUUAAAAUGUAUAAAUAGAAGUAUUAUUUCUACACGACCAACACGUUUUUAGUUCGUUUUAAAAAUGACGUCCAAAAGUUUUUUUUUGGAUGUAGUCUUCAUCUUUUUAACUAUCCUUAGAGUGUAUUGUGCAGCAAAUGAAGAUUUUUUCUAUAAGGUCUCGUUACAUGAUAAAAGUGAUAAUCAAAUUCACUUUGAAUUACCAUUUGAACGUGUGAAACGAACUGCUGCAGAACCACUAGAAAAUAAACCGAAAAAUACAUCAGUCCCCUUAAUAACAAAUAUGACAAAUAUAACUAAGAAUAUUGGAAAUGGAACACACAUUUUGGAACAAAAUAAGCAAGAUUUGAUAAAUUUAUCUUCUUCUACUUCUGUUGUAAUGAAAGAUUCAAAAGUUCCGCUUAUACAGGAAACAUCAGUAAACAGUAGUAUUGGCAAUAUUACUUAUUCUGGACAACCUCAACAAGUUGAUCUAGAACUUCCUCAAACGAUAACUAAUGAAACACUCAUCAAGAACAAUAUAACCAGAACUAAAAAUGAUUCUCAUAUAUACUAUAAUAGUACUGCUAUAAAUGACUCCAAUAUAUUCAAAAAAUAUUGGAAAGAGUUAAAAAAUAAUCCAAAUGCAAAUGUACAUGAAAUGUUAUCAGAUUCUCAUCGUAGAGCAGCAACUGUUAAUUUAACGUUCCAGUUUCCGUUCUAUGGUCAUCUAAUAAAUACUACUACAAUUGCUACUGGGGGAUUUUUAUAUUUGGGAGAUUAUAUUCAUUCAUGGUUGGCUGCUACUCAAUAUGUGGCUCCUUUGAUGGCCAACUUUGAUCUUAGUGUUUCAAACGAAUCAAAUAUUUAUUUUAUGGAUAAUGGAACUGCUUUCACAGUUACUUGGCAAAAUGUGACUUUACAAGAUAAGCCUAAAGCAGGAGAAUUUACAUUCCAGACCACUCUACAUUCUAAUGGGAAUAUUGUGUUUGCUUAUAAGUACUUACCAAUGUCAUUGAAAGCUAUUGAUGCUUCUAGUCAUCCAGUAAAAAUAGGAUUAUCAGAUGCCUAUGUAUUGGACAAAACUGUAUUUUUUGUAAGGCGAAAAACAAUAUAUGAAUACCAUCGAGUGACGUUUAACGAUGAUGAAGUGACAAAUAGUACUGUAAUAGUUCUAACAGCAUUACCAACUUGCUUAGAAAAGAAAAAUUGUACAAGUUGUGUGAAAAAAGAUACUAAUUUUCAAUGUUUUUGGUGUGACAAUCGUUGCUCUUCGGGGCUUGAUCGAAACCGUCAAGAUUGGCAUAAGAAAGAUUGUGAAAAGUUAAAACUUAUGAAUGAAGAAAUGUGUAUAAAUGGCAUUACAACUCCACAUCCACCAAAUAUGAAUACACCAACCAUGGAAAAAUCUUCUGAUUUAGGACCUCAUACUGCGCCUUCUUCAAACACAAGCUUAUUUUUCAUUGCACUAUGUUUAUCUCUUUUGGUAAUGUCUACAGUUUGGAUAUUAUAUGCUUACCUUUAUCCACAUACACGAUCUGGACAACUGCUCAUUAGAUAUCGACCCAGUCAAUGGGGUUGGAGAAGAGGAGAAGCUCGUUAUACAGCUGCCACCAUCCAUAUGUAAAGAGAAAUGAUGUCUGAUGUCAAAAAAACCAAUGUACAUUGUACAAAACAAAAUUAUUCAAUAAUUAAUUAGAAAUUAAUUAACAAUUUAAAAAGAUACAAUUUUUUAAAAACAUAUUUUUCAAGUAUAGUUUUGACAGUGUGAUAUUGACAACGAAAAAAAUCUUCUACUCAAUGACUACGCAGUCAAAUUUAUAUUUCUAAUUUUUGUAUCAUUCACUAGACAAGAAUCAUUAGAAAUGAUUAGAUUUAACUAAAUAACAUUUAGCUAAAAGCUAUUAAUUAUAUUAUAUUAUUUUACAUCUUUCAUAGACUAACUUAUGAUUGUUUACUUUAAUAAACUAUUAGUUAGCAAAUGCAUUAUUAUCUCCAUGAAUGCUAUUUCAAAAUGUUUUAUAAAGUGGGCCUUGCAAAAGAAAGGAGUUUGUAAUAAAACCAAUUGUAUUUUUUUUCAAGUAUAAAAACAAAAAAAACAUUAUUUCUUCAUAAUAUCAUUUUAAUAGUGUUUAAAGACUGUUUCAGCCUAGAAUUUGUUGUAUACGUUGAUUUUAUUUUUUAUAUUGUUAUUCGGCUUUUUUCAAAUUAUACACCGCUUUUGUGGAAAAAAGGCUUAAUAUUAUUGUUUUUUUAAUAAAUAUAUUUUUAGAUGAAUUUGUUGUAAGAUUGUUAGAUAAUAAUAAUUAUAUAUACAUAUAUAUAUAUAUAUGCACGUUAUGUUUUGUACUUAUGUUUUGAUUUUUGCAUAAUACAAUUUUAGAUUUAUUUAAAACUUAAAACUAACACAUUACCAGUAUUUAUAUUAAAUUUACUUUUU